UCCGGAGGAGAAAGAACAUGGCGGGCGCGGCGGGGCCCGGGACCGGCCCGGGGGCUGCGGGCGGAGAUGGAGACGAUUCGCUCUAUCCGAUCGCGGUUUUAAUCGACGAACUCCGCAACGAGGACGUGCAGCUCCGUCUCAACAGUAUUAAGAAGUUAUCAACAAUUGCUCUAGCACUUGGAGUAGAAAGGACAAGAACCGAACUGCUGCCAUUCCUUACAGAUACAAUUUAUGAUGAAGACGAGGUACUGUUAGCUCUUGCUGAGCAGUUGGGAAAUUUCACUGGCCUGGUGGGAGGUCCAGACUUUGCGCACUGUCUGCUGCCUCCGUUGGAAAGUCUGGCAACUGUGGAAGAGACUGUUGUGCGUGACAAGGCUGUGGAGUCCCUGAGGCAGAUCUCCCAAGAGCAUACUCCAGUUGCUCUGGAAGCUCAUUUUGUUCCUCUGGUGAAACGCCUAGCAAGCGGGGAUUGGUUCACCUCUCGCACGUCUGCAUGUGGUUUGUUCAGCGUUUGCUAUCCCAGGGCUUCACAUGCUAUCAAGGCAGAGAUUAGACAGCAUUUCCGUUCCUUGUGCUCAGAUGACACCCCAAUGGUACGACGUGCUGCUGCUUCCAAAUUGGGUGAAUUUGCGAAGGUUUUGGAAUUAGACAGUGUGAAAAGUGAAAUUGUUCCAUUGUUUACUACUCUAGCUUCAGAUGAACAGGAUUCCGUGCGCCUCCUCGCUGUGGAAGCUUGUGUCAGUAUUGCCCAAUUACUAUCUCAGGAUGACCUUGAGUCCAUGGUGAUGCCUACGCUUCGACAAGCAGCAGAAGAUAAAUCUUGGCGUGUUCGUUAUAUGGUAGCUGACAAAUUUUCAGAGCUCCAGAAAGCUGUGGGUCCAAAAAUCACCCUACACGACCUCAUCCCCGCCUUUCAGAACCUGCUUAAAGACUGUGAAGCUGAAGUCCGAGCAGCUGCUGCCCACAAAGUAAAAGAACUUUGUGAGAACUUGCCCAUUGAAAGUAGAGAGACCAUAAUUAUGAAUCAAAUUCUGCCCUACAUAAAGGAACUAGUAUCUGAUAGCAAUCAGCAUGUCAAAUCGGCUCUAGCUUCUGUAAUUAUGGGAUUGUCUACCAUUUUGGGCAAAGAAAAUACCAUUGAACAUCUUCUACCUCUUUUUUUAGCUCAGUUAAAGGAUGAGUGUCCUGAAGUUCGUCUGAAUAUUAUCUCUAAUUUGGAUUGUGUAAAUGAAGUGAUUGGAAUCCGUCAGCUCUCACAGUCUCUCCUUCCUGCCAUAGUGGAACUGGCUGAAGAUGCCAAGUGGAGGGUCCGGCUGGCCAUCAUUGAGUAUAUGCCGCUGUUGGCUGGCCAGCUGGGUGUGGAAUUUUUUGAUGAAAAGCUGAAUUCUUUGUGUAUGGCCUGGCUUGUGGACCAUGUGUAUGCCAUCCGGGAAGCUGCCACCAACAACCUCAUGAAACUAGUUCAGAAAUUUGGCACAGAGUGGGCCCAAAAUACCAUCGUUCCCAAAGUAUUAGUAAUGGCAAAUGAUCCUAAUUACUUGCAUAGAAUGACAACACUAUUCUGCAUUAAUGCACUGUCUGAAGCCUGUGGUCAGGAAAUAACUACUAAGCAAAUGCUGCCCAUUGUAUUAAAAAUGGCAGGAGACCAAGUAGCAAAUGUCCGAUUCAAUGUGGCCAAAUCUCUACAAAAAAUUGGACCAAUUCUAGAUACUGCUGCUUUGCAGGGGGAAGUUAAGCCAGUACUACAGAAGUUAGGUCAAGAUGAAGACAUGGAUGUCAAGUACUUUGCACAGGAAGCUAUAAGUGUUCUUGCGUUGGCAUAAUGAGGAACAGGAGGGAAAAGCCUUUACUCAGUUCUUAUUACAGAUUACUAGUCAAUGUGUUCUUAAGCUGGGUGGAGAAAAAAAAUGGAAAUCCUUCAAGAUCUCAUCCAAGCACAUGGCAACAACUUAGAAGAAAUUCAGUGACUUGAUUGUUUCUAAAGAUGAAGUGGGAUUGUUUUUUAUUCGUCUUCCUUGUUGGGAUCCGUAUUUAAGCUGUUCUUCUGGACCAGUUCCUGACAGUGCAGUCAUCUCUUGAUUUCUCCUGAGCAUCUGGGCUUCUCCAUCUUCGCUGAUUAAUCAGGCCCUGACCACUUAAUAACCCAAAGCCCGAUGGGUUAGACCCAGUCAUGGAGUGGAGCAAUUCUCUUGGUGUUUACAUUUAUCUGUGUGUCUCUCUGUCAUUCCAAAGUUAAACACGCAUGGUUUAGAAUAACUUAUUCUAUGGACUCUAUUUGGGAGACAUACUGAGAUUUGACUGUAGUGAAAGCCAUGUUUUCCUGGAUUACGUUGGUGUGCUUCAGUGUCUCAUGUGAAGGGGGAAUGUAGAAGCUCAGGGUGAACGUAUUGCUAGUUUUGUUUUUUAUUUGCUCGGUUUUGACUGUAAUCAUGUCACUCAGAAGCCUGAAAUGUGGAUGUAUCUUUUUGCUAACUUGUGAUGGUGAAACCUAAGUGAAUUUCAGCAGCUCACCACGGUGACUGCACUCAGAAAUCCUCAUGCCUUCUGUCUCUCCUGAGAAACCUCCACUUUAGUGUCCCCUAAUAAGUGGCAAUUCUGUUUCAUGGUAAGAUUGCCGUUUUGUAUUUUAAAUGAGCCUAGCAGCCGGCCAGUGGUGUAAUUGUGUGGAUUUCCUUGCCUGGCUCUGCUUUCAGCAGUGUGAAGAUCUCGUCCUUGCCGUGCUGCACAGAAGCUUUUCAGACUGUUUCCCUGCUAAUGUGUUGUUACGGGGCACACUGGGAUCUUGCCGUUUUGAAAUGUUUCUCUGCUUUUACAGUAAAACCUCAUGAAUGUGUCCUGGAAUUUAAAAUAAUGGGUAAGCCGAAAGGUUUGCUGAGGCAAAAUAAUGGUCUGUAGGGAAGGCUGUUGGAACCAAGGGAGCUGUCGGGAGGCUCGCAUGAAAAAGCCCGUGGCACCUCAGCACCUCUGCGAGGGCCCUGAGUGACCGCAGCUUUCUGUGGGGCACAGUUUACACCUGUCCUUGAGACAUAGACAUGUGUAUUGUAUGGAGAAAUCUAAGUAUUUCUUCUUGUAAAUUGAUUUAUACUUUUCAUGUAAUCAAACUCCCAUUACCGCUAAUGAAUUUUAGUUAAGGAGGUUUUACUGCAGCUUGUUUUCUCUCAGUGCAUCGUAAUGCGCAGCUUGCUUGUGUUCAUUUUGGUUUUUGCAUCGUUGAUUUCGUUCACAACCUCUUUUAUAUCUAGUGAACCUUGCUUUGAAGACCCAGAGACACCUAUACAACUUUGUACGUGAAGCAGUUAAUGUAAAACCAGGUUUGACUAAAUUUUUCCAAGUUUGCCUUGCCUUAGAAAAAUAGAACAGGGAUAAUUUUUUUGAGACAAACACUCAAGGAGAGAGCGCCCAUCUGCUGGUCACUCCCCAGAUACCUGAAGCUGCUGGGGUUGGGCCAGGCUGACGCUGGGCACUUACUCCUGGUCUCCCGUGUUGGACGACAGGAACCCAAUUACUUGAGCUAUCACCACUGCCUCUCAGGGUCCAUCCAGCCAGAAGCUGGGGUUGGCAGCUCGAGCUGGGCAUGAAACCCGGGUACUCUGCUCUGGGAUGCAGGCGUCCUGAUCUGCUCUCAGCCACUAGGCUGCAUGCCUACCCCAGGACAGGAACUGGGAAUCAGAAAUGACCUGCCUGCAUUUUAAACUGCCAGAUUACCUUUUAUGUAGUGAGUUUCCCUUUUAUGACUUUUUGGGCUAAGGGUAAAACAUUUUCAUAAGCAAAACUCUUUUCUCAUGUUAAUACCUUAAACUAUUAUGCUGUAACACUUUCUUUUUAGUUUCAUGGCUUUUAUUAUUUUUACUACCUGUGGAUUAUAUUCUUCUUUCUUGAAUUUCGUGUUUGAGAGACUGGUGUCUUGAUUCUUGACAUGAAUGUUCACUGGAAUAAUUACUGUCCCUGGUUAAAAUGCCAUUGGUGUGCAGAUAGACUUUGAAGACACCUUUGUGUACUGCACUUGGCAGCCCUAGGCAUUGCCUUUUAUUGUUAAAGGGAGAAAUGUGAGCCCUUGCCUUCUCCAGCACGGGCCAUGGAGCUCUCUCAGCAGUGCCUCUGUUCUUGGGGGUGACCCUUUAGGGACCCCAUUGUUUCCUUCUGACUGAAGCAAUAGGGAAUUCUUUUUGUUACUCUUCGGAGGAGUUGUUCUUUGGCUCACAGCCAUUUUCUCCAUGGAUUAGUGUUCCUGUCUUGCUUUUAUGAGACUAGGAGCUCUGUGAGGGUGGGGAUCUGGGUCUGUUUUGUUGUCUGCUGUAUCACCAGCACUGGGAUCCAUGCCUGGGGUACAUAAUAGGUGCUCAAUAAAAUUGGUCAGUGAAUGCA